AUUAAAAAAUAAAAAUCACUGUCAAAUAUUUUCUAAUGUCUGAAGCUGUAAAUUUUGGUCCUUGCAUAGUGUUACAGAAAAUAUCAGUAAAACAUUUUCUUAGGUUUGAAGCAACUGCACACGCAGCUGAUGUUACCAUAGUAGACAGCAUCAAGUAGUCCUUUUUAAUCUGCUUCCUCCAGAAUUCUCUGCUUUACAAACCUUAUUUUCCAGAUUCCAAAAGAUUAAGGUACAAAGCCAAAUUCUAGUUUUUCUUUUCAGAAAAAAAAAAAAGGAAAGAAGAAGAGUUGGAGUCAGCAACACGUUAUGCUUCUUGGCUUAUUAGUUAGAAUUUCUAAAGGUCAUCCCACUUAUAAGAUCUGUACAUAAAGAUCCGUAAGGCAGAGGAAGUAGGUCACCUGCAUAUUCGACCUUCAGGUCCUUUCAAUGUCAAACCACAUUAUAGGAAGUUCCCAAGUGUGCAGGUCGAAACUAUCCUGUUUGCUAAAGAACCGUUAAGAGAUUCGGAAGAGUUGGUCACCAACAAAUUGCAUUCCCAUUCCAUUUGUCACCUCUAUAUAAGCUAUACAUCUUUCUCACACUUCCAUCAAGCACAAUCAAAUUCCAUUACUUACAGGAAAUCUUCACAUUCCACAGGCACUUCAAGAGACCCAAUGGCACACAGAGAUUUAGCAAUGAGUUUGGCUCUGGCCGUAGUGAGCAUGCUAUACGCAGGAGCCGUGGCUCAAUCCGGUUGCACAAAUGUCUUAAUAAGCAUGUCACCAUGCCUGAAUUACAUUACAGGGAACUCCUCAACUCCAUCUUCACAGUGCUGCUCACAGCUUUCUAGUGUUGUUCGCUCAUCACCCCAGUGCUUGUGUCAAGUUCUAAGUGGCGGUGGAUCAUCACUUGGCAUCAACAUCAACCAAACCCAGGCUCUAGCCUUACCUGGGGCUUGCAAUGUUCAGACUCCACCCAUCAGUAGCUGCAAUGCUGCUUCUCCAGCCGCCUCUCCUGCAGGAACACCGGAAAUUCCAAAUACUCCUUCAGGAACUGGAUCUAAAACCGUACCAUCAACAGAAGUUGAUGGCACAUCAGAUGGAAGCUCAAUCAAGUUGUCAAUCCCAUUGCUCGCAUUCCUUCUCUUUGCAGCUUUUCAUAUGGUUUAAUCUCCUCAACUCACUGAUUUUCCGAUCAGCCUUUCACCAUUUUGCAGUCUUGCAUAUUCUCAGUUAUUGUACUGAUAGUUUAUGAUUGAUUUCCUUUUUGGUUAGAGGAUGUAUGUAUUAUUUAUUUAUCCUGACCUCUUCUGAGUUUGUUAUAGUUUUGUAUUACUGAAGAGACUUCUUGCUCUCUUCCCUUCCCAAUAAAGACAUUAUUUCUUGUGUA